GGGUAUUUAUUACCAGGUGGAGAGGAGCUUGUGAUUUCUGUCUGACAGUAAAGCACUUUGAAGCCUCCAUCAGCUAGGAACACAGACUGAAGAGAACACAAGAGUUUGGCAAGACUUGAGCUUGAUGUUAUAAAGUUUCUUAUGGUGGAAUGAUUAUUCUGGAAUGAUCCAAGGGGCUGGAUACCUGAUGAAGGAAGAAGUCAUGAUGGGUCUACCAAGAAGAUUGGAUGCAUGGCUCAUUCUGUUGGGUUCUUGAAAACUUCUAUGAACUACAAUUACUUCUCUUGGUUUGAGGAGGUGUUAUUGACUACUUCUAACCUGGACUUGAACUGACUGUAGCAAGAAACCUUGUUUUGAAGGUCAUAACCAGUAACCUGAAGAUGUUGAGUCCCAGUUGGUGUCCACUAGGAAUCUAAAGUGCUGGGCUUCAAGAGUGUCAAAGACUUUAUGGUUGGUGUUUGAACCCUUCUUUGUAAUCAUGCACAGGAGUCUCAGUCUUGGAGGGAAUAUGGAAUUCCAUGAAAAACUUGGAUGACCAAUUGGUGGUGGCUGAUAAGAGAGAGAGAGAGACCUCCCAGCUCAGUAAGGGUUGAAGGCAGCUGCCGCCUGAUCAUUCUUAGGGAGUGGUUACCUUGAGACCAGUCCUGAGCUGCUGAUCAGAGAUCACACGUCCUAAAACCUCGGAGGGUUUGCAGUCACACAAGCCUAAGCAGGUAAUUAAUGUUCUUCUCUUCCUUCCCCUCUGGACCAACCAAAGCCUCCCUCUUACCUUCCUCAUCUUUAUAGAUCAGCCUGGCAUAGAACAGCAGCUGGAGGGCGGACUCCCCCUCAUUUUGUGCCUCCCACAAAAGCAACAUGAGCUGGGUCUUUAAUUGGACUAAGCACCAGGGCUAGAGCAGAACAGUUUGUGGACUUUACCCCAGAAUUGAUCUACAGACCUAGGCAGUUCUAUAGACCUCCUGGACAAGCACUCUGUUUCCAAUGCUAUAUAAGUAAGAAUUAGGACAGAAGGAGCAGGAUGAAAAUAUGGCAGUCCUGUUGUUGCCACCAAGUCCUGACAGCUUCCGCCGUUUCACCCCAGAAUCAUUGGCUGCUAUUGAGAAGCGUAUCGCUGAGGAACAGGCAAGAAGUGCCAAACAGGAAUACAGAGAAGGAGAGGACAAUGAAAAUAAAGAGGGAUUACCUACGUCACAUCCUGACUUGGAGGCUGGCAAACAGCUGCCUCGAAUCUUUGGGGACUUUCCUUCACAUCUUAUUGGGCAACCCCUGGAGGAUAUUGACCCAUUCUACAAAAAUAAGAAGACCUUUAUAGUACUAAACAAAGGAAAGACAAUCUUCAGAUUUAGUGCCACACCUGCUUUGUAUAUAAUUAGCCCUUUCCAUCCUAUCAGAAGAGCUGCAAUCAAAAUUUUGGUACAUUCAUUGUUCAGUAUGUUUAUAAUGUGCACUAUCCUCACAAACUGCGUGUUCAUGGCUAUGUCUGACCUGGGAACGUGGGGCAAAUAUGUAGAGUAUACUUUCACUGGCAUUUAUACUUUUGAAUCAUUGAUAAAAAUUCUGGCAAGAGGAUUCUGUCUGAAAGAAUUCACCUUCUUGAGGGACCCAUGGAACUGGUUGGACUUCAGUGUUAUUGUCAUGGCAUAUGCUACUGAGUUUGUGGACCUGGGCAAUGUGUCAGCUUUAAGGACAUUCAGAGUACUUCGAGCUUUGAAAACAAUCUCGGUCAUUCCAGGACUGAAAACCAUUGUUGGAGCCCUUAUCCAGUCAGUGAGGAAGCUUGCAGAUGUUAUGAUUUUAACAGUUUUCUGUUUGAGCGUCUUUGCCCUGAUAGGGCUUCAGCUCUUUAUGGGCCACUUAAAACAAAAAUGUGUUAGAAAUUUCACUGAAUAUAAUCGAAGCCUUUCUGAAAAUUUUUACUGGGGCAUGGAUAACUCGAGCUGGUCAACUUAUGAUGACUUCAUUAGUGAUGAAAAAAAUAUCUACAUAAAGAAUGGAACAAAAGACGCUUUACUGUGUGGGAAUAGCAGUGAUGCCGGGAAGUGCCCUGAAGGCUUUUCUUGUUUGAAGGUCGGCAGAAACCCCAAUUAUGGUUACACCAGCUUUGACACAUUUGGAUGGGCUUUUCUCUCUCUUUUCCGACUUAUGACACAAGACUAUUGGGAGAACUUAUAUCAACAGACUCUACGAGCAGCAGGGAAGACAUAUAUGAUAUUUUUUGUUUUCGUCAUAUUUUUGGGUUCAUUUUAUUUGGUGAACUUGAUACUUGCUGUGGUGGCCAUGGCUUAUGAAGAGCAGAACCAAGCCAGCAUUGCCGAGGCAGAAGCAAAGGAAAAGGAGUUUCAACAAGCUAUGGAGCAACUAAAGAAGGAACAAGAGCAGGCGCUGGCUAAUAAAGGACCAGAUGCUGGAUCAUAUAGCUCUUGUGAGAUGUCACCAUUCAGUUCCAAAAGUGCCAAAGAAAGAAGAAAUCGAAGAAAGAAAAAAAAAUCUUCAGAAGUUGAUGAGUAUAACGAUGAUCUAAGAACUAACAGGGGGGAAUCUGAUGAAGAGAGUGGACGCAAGCCGUCCUUACUUGGCAUCAGUAUUGGACCUAUCUCUGGUAGACGGAGGAAAAGCAAUGGAAACAUAUUUAAUUUCCGUCCUAGAGACCUUUACUCAGAGACUGAAUUUGCAGAUGAUGAAGGGAGCAAUGCCAGUUAUGGUCACAGAGGAUCUUUGCUCGUUCCACGUGCAGGAAGACGCCAAAGUAUACAGAGCCAAACAAGUGCCAACUCCUAUCCAAAUACACCCGGGUUCACACAGAAUGGCAAGAGAAACAGUUCAGUGGAUUGUAAUGGAGUGGUAUCUUUGGUUGGAGAAGCUGGCAUGUACUCAAAUCCAACAUCUCCUGGAGGAUUACAGCUGCCAGCGGUCAUCGUGGAGAAGACAGGAACAGAAGAAAAUAUGUCUCCUUCGGACCUUGAAAUGAGUAAGAUGCAGCUGCUGAUGCCUCAUCGACUCUCCGUAGAAUACAUGGAUGUGCCAUUUCAGAGGCAGCGGGCAGUGAGUGCCGUCAGCGUCCUCACCAAUGCCAUGGAAGAAUUGGAAGAAUCUCGCCAGAAAUGUCCUCCUUGCUGGUAUCAUUUUGCCCAUAGGUUCCUCAUCUGGGAUUGUUGUACUCUAUGGUUAGAAAUCAAGAAAGGAGUGAAAUUUGUAGUCAUGGAUCCCUUUACUGAUCUAACCAUCACUAUAUGCAUAGUGCUUAACACCCUUUUCAUGGCUUUGGAACAUUACAAGAUGACUGAAGAAUUUGAAAAAAUGCUAGCUACUGGCAACUAUGUUUUCACUGGUAUUUUUACAGCUGAAAUGGUCUUCAAAAUCAUUGCCUUAGAUCCUUAUUACUAUUUCCAGCAGGGAUGGAAUAUUUUUGACAGCAUCAUUGUAACACUCAGUUUAAUGGAAUUCUGUUUGUCCAGUCUCUCCAGUAUGGGAAAUCUGUCAGUUCUACGUUCUUUCCGCUUGCUUCGGGUUUUCAAACUGGCAAAGUCUUGGCCGACAUUGAAUACUCUCAUCAAAAUCAUUGGCAAUUCAGUUGGGGCUCUCGGGAACUUAACCCUUGUUUUGGCGAUCAUUGUUUUUAUUUUUGCUGUUGUUGGAGUGCAGUUGUUUGGACGGAACUACAUGGAUUGCGUCUGCAAGAUUAACAAUGAUUGCAAGUUGCCACGAUGGCACAUGAACGACUUUUUCCAUUCGUUCCUCAUUGUGUUUAGGGUUUUGUGUGGAGAAUGGAUUGAGACCAUGUGGGAUUGCAUGGAAGUUAGCGGCCAACCUUUGUGCAUCCUUGUCUUCAUGCUCGUUAUGGUUAUAGGAAAUCUGGUGGUUCUGAACCUUUUCCUGGCUCUCCUACUGAGCUCCUUCAGUGCCGAUAACUUGUCCGCUCCAGAUGAAGAUGGUGAAAUGAACAAUCUCCAGAUAGCUAUUGCUAGGAUACAAAAAGGGAUUUCCUUUGCCAAAAAAAGCGUCAUAGAUUUUAUCCGCAGUUUAUUUACCAAGCCCAAAAAAAGCGGAGACACUUUUAUAACAAGUCUGUCCGGAAAGAAUAGGAACAAAAACAACAUCAAUCCACACAAUCAUAUCAGCAUGUCCAAUACUGGAAAAGAAAAGGAUGACUACAUGGAUGGGAGUAAUACCAAUGGCGGCAUUGCCAAAAACGGUGAAAAAUAUGUCGUUAGUGAAUGUGAGGAUUACAUGACCAACCCUCGUCUCUCCGGCUGUGUUCCCAUUGCUAUGGGUGAAUCAGAUGUGGAGUAUCACGACGAUGAUGAGCAAAGUAUUUUUACGGAUGCUGAGAAUGGUAAAGAGUCUGAUACAUCGUUUAAAAAGAAACAAGAUGACAGCAUUUCAGAGUGCAGCACGGUGGAUCUAAGAAAGUCCCGGGAACUGAUUGAGCAACCACAGGAUGCUUCUGAAGAAAAUAUGGAACCAGAAGAGUGCUUUACAGAAGAUAAAAACUUCCAGGACCGUUCAGGUUGCUUACGGUACUGUCCAUGCUGUAAGAUUGACAUCACAAACGGAAUUGGUAAAAUAUGGUGGAAAGUGAGGAAGACUUGCUAUAGGAUAGUCGAACACAACUGGUUUGAGAGUUUUAUCAUCUUCAUGAUUCUUCUCAGCAGCGGAGCAUUAGCAUUUGAAGAUAUUUAUAUCGACCAGAAAAAAGCUAUCAAAAUUAUUUUGGAAUAUGCGGACAGGGUGUUCACAUAUGUGUUUGUUCUUGAGAUGCUUCUGAAGUGGGUGGCGUAUGGCUUUAAGAAGUACUUCACCAACGCAUGGUGUUGGCUGGAUUUUUUCAUUGUUGCUAUUUCAGUAGCUUGUCUGAUAGCAACUUUUGGGAAUGGCCAAGGCCAAGUGGGUUCCGUGAAAUCUCUCAGAACUCUGAGGGCAUUGAGGCCUCUACGAGCCUUAUCCAGAUUUGAAGGAAUGAGGGUCGUAGUGAAUGCCUUAAUUGGGGCUAUCCCAUCCAUCAUGAAUGUCCUGCUGGUGUGCCUCAUUUUCUGGCUAAUUUUUAGCAUCAUGGGGGUGAAUUUAUUUGCUGGAAAAUUCGGAAAAUGUGUGUAUGCUGAGAACAGGACGGAACUGGAUGUGUCUAUUGUAGACAACAAGACAAUGUGUGAAUUAAUGAAUGCAACAGAAGCCUACUGGACAAAAGUCAAAGUCAACUUUGAUAAUGUUGGGGCAGGUUAUCUGGCCCUGCUUCAGGUGGCUACAUUUAAAGGAUGGAUGGAUAUCAUGUAUGCCGCUGUCGACUCACGCCCAAUGACUGAGCAACAGCCAAUAUAUGAAACCAAUAAAUAUAUGUACCUAUACUUCGUCAUAUUCAUCAUUUUUGGAUCUUUUUUCACUUUGAACCUUUUCAUUGGUGUGAUUAUAGACAACUUCAAUCAACAAAAGAAAAAGUUAGGGGGUCAGGAUAUUUUUAUGACUGAAGAACAAAAAAAAUAUUACAACGCUAUGAAGAAGUUGGGGUCGAAAAAGCCCCAAAAACCAAUUCCAAGGCCACAGAACAAAUUUCAAGGAUUUUUCUUUGACGUUGCUACCAAGCAAGCCUUUGACAUUACCAUCAUGGUCCUUAUAUGUCUUAACAUGGUUACCAUGAUGGUGGAAACAGAUGAGCAGUCUGAUUACAUUGAAAAUUUAUUGUAUAAUAUUAACCUGGCAUUUGUGGUCAUUUUCUCUGGAGAAUGUUUAUGUAAAAUCAUGGCUCUCAGGUACUAUUACUUCACAAUCGGGUGGAACAUCUUUGAUUUUGUGGUGGUGAUUCUUUCAAUUGUAGGCAUUGUACUUUCAGACAUCAUCAAAAACUAUUUUGUGUCACCAACUUUAUUCAGGAUCAUACGUUUAGCACGGAUCGGACGUAUUCUCAGACUAAUCAGAGGAGCCAAAGGAAUACGGACUCUUUUAUUCGCCUUAAUGAUGUCCCUCCCUGCUCUUUUUAAUAUUGGUCUUUUGCUUUUCCUGGUUAUGUUCAUAUAUGCCAUUUUUGGCAUGGCAAACUUUGCAUAUGUAAAGAAGGAGGCCGGAAUUGAUGACAUGUUUAACUUUGAAACAUUUGGAAACAGUAUGAUUUGUCUUUUCCAAAUCACAACGUCGGCUGGAUGGGAUGGUCUUCUCAGCCCAAUAUUAAACAGUAAUGAACCUGAUUGCGAUCCUUAUUUACCCAACCCAGGAAGCAAUACUGUUGGAAACUGUGGUAACCCUCCAGUGGGAAUUGUCUUCUUUGUUAGUUAUAUUAUCAUAUCAUUUCUUAUUGUAGUUAACAUGUACAUUGCCAUCAUCCUGGAAAACUUCAGUGUGGCCACAGAGGAAAGUACAGAGCCUCUAAGCGAAGAUGACUUUGAAAUGUUUUAUGAAGUCUGGGAGAAAUUUGACUCAGAGGCAACACAGUUCAUUGAUUACUCUGUCCUUUCCACCUUUGCUGACUCACUUGCUGAGCCCUUACGCAUACCAAUACCAAAUAAGAUUAAACUAAUUGCCAUGGACUUGCCUAUGGUUAGUGGAGAUAGGAUUCAUUGCUUGGAUAUUUUGUUUGCAUUCACCAAAAGAGUUCUUGGAGAAUCUGGAGAGAUGGAUACUCUAAAGAUACAAAUGGAAGAAAAAUUUAUGGCGGCCAACCCAUCUAAAAUUUCAUACGAACCUAUUACAACGACCCUAAGGCGUAAACAAGAAGAUGUGUCUGCCUGUAUCAUCCAAAGAGCCUACAGGAGGCAUUUGCUAUACCGUUCCAUGAGACAAGCCUCAUUCCUUUAUCGCCACAGGUCGUGUGAUGAUAAUAUCAUUGAAGAAGAUGCCCCAGAAAAAGAGGGUCUUAUUGCGAUCAUGAUGAAUGAAAAUUAUGGGCGUCAUUUGGACAAAAUGGAAUCUUUGUCAUCAACUUCAUUUCCACCUUCAUACGACAGUGUAACCAGGGACACAUGUGACAACAUCACAGUGGAGGACUCUUCCAAAAAUGAUGAGUCGACAGAUUGUAAAAUAUGUGCAGACAGAGACAAAGAAUCGUUUGUAUAAUCAUUGUUUUUGAUAUUGUUUACAGAAUGUUACAAUGUACAAGUGCACAACCAUUCGAGCAGCCUUCAUAAAUUCAAUUGAUUUGCUAAUAAAAUUAAUUACCUUUUCAACUGAACUACUGGGAACGAAUGCUUAACAACUGUUGGCUCAAUCUCAGUCAACUUUGCUUUAUAUUUCUACAUCAAGAACUUAUGCAGCCUAAAAAGUAAUAACAGUGGCGUGGUUAUGAGUAUGCUAAUGUGUAAAAGAGUAAUGCAAUGUAUCUCUAUACACAGACAAAGCCUGACUGUAUACAUUCAUUUAUGGUCUUAUACUAGUGUGUUUAGUAAAGGUUAUAUAUGACCUUGCUUCUAAGUUAAAUCCAAAUAUCACAAGCUGCUGUAGCAAAAAAUAUAUACACUUACUGUAUAUGUCAUGAAUGGUCUUUCAUAAAUUUAUAUUUGAUAUUUUUUUUACUUACAACAAAAACAUCUUUUUUCCAUGGGAAGAGCAGAUAAAUAUUUAAAGAUCUGCAUUAUAAACUCUCAAAUGAUGUAAUAUAAAAAAAAAAAACAGAAAAAAAAAAACAUUCUUGGAUCGUGCUGCUGAAAAUUGUUACAAAACAUUUGAACUGUUAUUACAAGCUGAUAUGUAAUUGCUUGGCAUGGGUAAUGCAAAUAAAGCUUUUUAAAAAAUAAAGGGUUAAUUAAUGCGCCUGGAUUAUCGAAUGUUUAAAACUAAAUAAGAUGGGAAUUUUCAAUGGAAAAUGUAAUAAUUUUUUCUUUUGUACUAUUUUUUUUAAAAUGGUACUAUAUUGUUAAAUUUUUGUCUGUUCUCUUUUUUCUUAGCAUAUCCCAAAACAUGGGAAAAAACGAGUCUCCGAUUUCAAAAGUGGUACGGAGGAAAUGUGGUUUUGGGAUCCAUAGUCACCAGUCAGAGCUUAGUCUUUAUUAAUAUAAACUGCACUGGAAAGAAUAAAAUGUGGAUUCUGGUUGCUGUGGAUAACAAGUCCACGUUUUGAAACAUAAAGGUCGAUGCAGCAAUUCAAAUAUCUAGGCUCAUUUCAUAAAUUGUUUUCUACUCUUGCAUGUUUCUUUCCUCCCUAUUUCUGCCAUUUUUGGCCAUUACUUUAAGUUUCAAUACUUCUCUUAGUAUACCAAAUUCCCUCAGGGCUUCUUUUAGUAGAUCUCAUCUCACCCCUUUACCUGAAAUGUCUAUGCAAUGUUUCUGCCAUAGCUUUAUCCUUCUUUGCUCUUUUCUUAUGUAAUCAUGUAUCUAUCCUCCAUGUCUUCCACUCAUCAUCAGUACAUCAACAAUCAUUAUCAUUAUUCAUCUCAUUAGCCACAAUCUGGAGAAAACAAGUCUAUGGUUGGCAUAAAAAAAGCCAUGUUCCUGCAUGAUGCAGCUUAGAGCAAUGUCUCGGCUAUUCAUAUAUUAAGGAUUUCUUAACUGUCACUUCUAACAUGGGGGUUUCUUCUUUGGGAAAUCCUUAAAACAUGACAUUGUAGGGUUACUUGAGGACAGCAGUUAAAAACUCUGGGUUACAGAAAGAAAAGAAAAUGUAUGGAUAAUGGUGAUAGAGGCCAUCCUACUAAUAAUUACCAUCCUCAACAUCACUGAUGUUACAUAACUGCUGGCUCUAUGGUGAAAUAUGUUAAAGCUGUUUAGCACCAUGAUUGAAUCUAUUCAACCUGUUGAUGCAAUGUAUUUUAUUUCAGACCCACUUGUAACUUACAGAUUAAGCAAAAAAAAAAAAGUGCAAUCUUGGACAUGGUAGCAUGGAGAAGAUAUACUUUGUCUCAUUGUAUUGACUCUGUCUACUCACGCACCAUGUGCAUCUGGCUUUGGCAUGGCAGAGUGGACUUGUGGCACAUUUUCUGUACAUGCAACUUGCUUUAAAUGUUUUUAAAAGUGAAAAAGCCAUUUACUCUUUGAGUGAGGCAAUAAAUUCCAUUGUCAAUGUCAUUUACAGUUUUAAGUUGUUUAAUGAUUGUUUGUGUGACUUCUUGGCAUCCAAUUAUUGUUUUGUUCCAAAAAUGUACACAGUUCUUGAACUUAUCAAUUGCAUUUUCUAGCAUUACUUUAUCAACAGUUUUCCAUUGCCUGUACUGUAAAGAACCAUUUCUAUGUUGCACAUGAAAGUUCACUUCUGCUCUAACGUGAUGUCCACUUGUCAUUAACACAGCACAUGUAAGGAAACGUUCCAGUGAGAACUUCUUGUAUUGACCUUGAAUAUACUUGAAUAAAAUUAUCAGUCUUU